GAACCAAACGCGGUGGUAUCGGUUUCGAAAAACGACUUCCAUUUUUUCAAUUGUGGCAAAUUUAUAAAAACGAAGGCGCUUUUUGAUGGUAUGAUUCUACUUCUUGUGGCAUACAAAUGACGAAUUAUGAGAAUCUUAUAAAUUUGCCAUUAAAUUUUAAUGCAAAUAAUCAUCAUGCCAAUAGUAAUAGCGAGAACAAUGCCAAAAUUGCCGUCGCUGGCGAACAGCUUUUAAAUAAGAUGUCGCAGCGGGAUUUCUCCGAGAACGAACCGGAAUGUAAUCCGGAGCUGCCUGCCGCGAACCGCGCCCUCUUCCUGGAGAAGGUGCGCCAAUCGAAUGCCGCCUGCCAGAACGGAGACUUUGCCACCGCGGUGCUGCUCUACACGGACGCCCUGCAGCUGGACCCCGGCAACCACAUCCUCUACAGCAACCGUUCGGCGGCGCUGCUCAAGCAGGGACAGUUUGCGGCUGCCCUUCAAGAUGCCACGCAAGCGCGGGAGCUGUGCCCCCAAUGGCCGAAGGCGUACUUCCGCCAGGGCGUGGCUCUGCAGUGCUUGGGACGCUACGGCGAGGCACUGGCAUCCUUUGCCUCGGGCCUGGCCCAGGAGCCCACGAACAAGCAGCUGAUGGGCGGAUUGGUGGAGGCUUCGUUGAAGAGUCCCCUGCGGACAGCCCUGGACCCGACGCUGCAGCAACUGAGGACGAUGCAGCUGCAGGAGUCGCCGUUUGUGGUCAGUUCGGUGGUGGGGCAGGAGCUGCUGCAGGCCGCACAGUACCAGGCAGCGGUGGCCGUGCUGGAGGCGGCUCUCCGGAUCGGCAGCUGCUCGCUGAAGCUGCGGGGAUCCGUCUUCAGCGCCCUCAGCUCCGCCCACUGGGCACUGAAUCAGCUGGAUCAGGCCAUUGGCUACAUGCAGCAGGAUCUGGCGGUGGCCAAGUCCCUGGGCGACACGGCGGGCGAGUGCCGGGCGCACGGGAACCUCGGUUCCGCCUACUUUAGCCAGGGGGCCUACAAGGAGGCCCUGACGGCGCAUCGCUAUCAACUGGUGCUGGCCAUGAAGUGCAAGGACACGCAGGCGGCAGCCUCGGCCCUCACGUCGCUGGGACACGUGUACACGGCCAGCGGGGACUUCCCCAACGCCUUGGCCUCCCACAAGCAGUGCGUGCAGCUGUUCAAGCAGCUGGGGGAUCGUCUCCAGGAAGCCCGCGAGAUCGGCAACGUGGGCGCCGUCUAUCUGGCGCUUAGCGAGUGCGAGGCGGCCCUCGACUGCCACACGCAGCACCUGCGGCUGGCCCGCAAGCUGCACGACCAGGUGGAGGAGGCGCGAGCGUACUCGAAUCUCGGCUCCGCGCAUCACCAGCGGCGACAGUUCACGCAGGCUGCGGCCUGCCACGAGCAAGUGCUGAGGAUUGCCCAGGCCCUGGGAGACCGUUCUAUGGAGGCGGCCGCCUAUGCGGGCUUGGGGCAUGCGGCACGCUGCGCCGGCGAUGCAAAUGCCUCGAAACGCUGGCACGAACGGCAGCUGGCGAUGGCCCUGGCCGCCAGGGACAAGCUGGGCGAGGGCAGAGCCUGCUCGAAUCUGGGCAUCGUCUAUCAGCUGCUGGGAUCCCACGAUGCGGCGCUGAAGCUGCACCAGGCCCAUCUGGGGAUAGCCCGCUCGCUGGGCGAUCGCACGGGCAUGGGCAGGGCGUACGGGAAUAUGGCGCGCAUGGCCCACAUGGCCGGAUCCUACGAGGCGGCAGUGAAGUACCACAAGCAGGAGCUGGCCAUCAACCAGGCGGUGCAUGAUCGCAGCGCAGAGGCGGCCACGCAUGGAAAUCUGGCAGUGGCCUACCAGGCACUGGGCGCCCAUGAUGCAGCGCUCACCCACUACCGGGCGCACCUUUCGACGGCCAGGUCUCUCAAGGACACGGCCGGGGAGGCCUGUGCUCUGCUGAAUCUCGGUAACUGCCUCAGCGGGCGACAGGAGUACGAGGAGGCGGUGCCCCACUACGAGAGCUACCUGAUGCUCGCCCAGGAGCUGGGGGACGUGACCGCUGAAGGCAAGGCUUGUCAUCUGCUGGGAUACGCGCACUUCUCGCUGGGCAACUAUCGGGCAGCGGUGCGCUACUACGACCAGGACCUGGCCCUCGCCAAGGACGCCCAGCAUCGUCCGAACAUGGGCAGGGCCUACUGCAAUCUGGGGCUGGCGCAUCUGGCGCUGGGACACACUGCCGCCGCACUCGAGUGCCAGCAACUGUUCCUGGCCGUGGCACAUGCCACCAACCAGCUGCCAGCGAAAUUCCGGGCUCUGGGCAACAUCGGGGACAUCCUCAUACGCACUGGCUCCCACGAAGAGGCUAUCAAACUGUAUCAACGGCAGCUGGCACUGGCCCGGGCAGCGGGCGACCGUUCGAUGGAGGCCGCUGCCUGUGGAGCGCUCGGACUGGCCCAUCGUCUGAUGCGGCGCUGGGACAAGGCACUGGGACAUCACACACAGGAGCUGACACUGCGCCAGGAGCUGUGCGACCUGGCGGGAGAGUGUCGCGCCCAUGGGCACCUGGGGGCCGUCCACAUGGCCCUCUGCAGCUGGACGAAUGCCGUCAAGUGCUACCAGGAGCAGCUGGAGCGGGCGCAGGAGCAGCGGGAUGCUGCCGUGGAGGCACAGGCCCAUGGGAAUCUGGGAAUAGCGCGCCUCAAUAUGGCCCACUACGAGGCGGCCAUUGGAUGCCUGGAGGCGCAGUUGGGGACUCUGGAGAGGGUCUCCUUGCCAUCCACGCAGGCGGAUCGUGCACGUGCUCUGGGUCAUCUGGGAGACUGCUAUGCGGCCCUCGGGGACUACGAGGAGGCACUCAAGUGCCACGAGCGCCAGCUGCAACUGGCGUUGGGGCUGGCCAGUCACCGGGAUCAGGAGCGUGCCUAUCGGGGAUUGGGACAGGCCAGACGCUCGCUCGGGCAGCUGCCGGCGGCUUUGGUCUGCUUGGAGAAGCGUCUGGUGGUGGCCCACGAGCUGCACAGUGCCGAGAUCAAGGCUCUGGCCUACGGGGAUCUGGGGCAUGUCCAUGCCGCUUUGGGGAACCACACGCAGGCCCUGAACUGUCUCGAACAUCAGCGGGAACUGGCGCAGGGGCUGCAGGAUCGCGCCCUCGAGUCGGAUGCCAUGUGCGCCCUGGGCCAGGUGCAGCAGCGGAUGGGCCAGCACUCGGAAGCCCUCGAUCUGCACCGACAGGAUCUGCAGAUAUGCACGGAUCUGGCGGCUCCCUCGCUGCAGGCUAGGGCACUCAGCAAUCUGGGUGCCGUGCACGAGUCCCUCGGCCAGCAGGCGGAGGCCCUCAAGUGUUACGACCGGCAGCUGGAGCUCAGCGCGGAUCGUCUCGGCAAGGCGACGGCCUGCCUGGCCCUUGGACGCGUCCAUCAUCAGCUGGAGCAGCACCCACAGGCCGUGGAGUAUCUGCGGCAGGGACUGACGAGCGCGCAGUCCAUCGGCAAGUCGGAGGAGGAGGCCAAGAUAAGACAUCAAUUGGGUCUUGCCCUUCGCUCCUCUGGCGAUGCCGAGGGGGCUCGCCUUCAACUGGAGACCGCCGCCCAGCUGCUGGAGGCCGUGCGUCACGAGCAACGCAGUCCGGAGACGCGUCUGGCCCUGUACGAUCUGCAGACGAACUGCUACCAUCUGCUGCAGCAGCUGCUGGUGGCCCUGCAGCGCAACGAGGAGGCCCUGGUGGCCGCCGAGCGGUGCAAGGCUCGCGGCGGAGCAGAUGCCAUGGGCAAUGAGAGCAACAAGGCGCCGCUGGCGGACAGCGAGGCCAUCCAGGAGACGGUGAAUCGCGGACGGAUGCCGGUGCUGUACUACAGUCUGGCCGGGGAGCAGCUGUUUGCCUGGCUGCUGCAUCCCCAGACGGGGAUUGUGCGCUUCCAUGCGGCCCGCAUCGAUGCCCAGACUCUGCAGCUGCCAUUGUCCCUCAGCGAGGAGGAGGAGGAGGAGCUUGAAAUGGAGGAGGAGGAGAGGGAGCAGCCGCAGGGCGAUGGACUGCUCGAGCGAUAUGUUAACAUGGUGCGGGAUAACCUGGGCGUCAACUCCCAGAGCCUGCUGCACGAGGGCGACGGCAGCGGGUGGCGGGCCAGCACGGAGCAGCUGCUGGAGGAUCUGCCCGGAGCAGGAGCCGGAGGAGGCGGCUUUCUGCGCAUGGUCAGCAGGAAUCAGCUGCUCAACUCUUCCAAUUAUUCCCUGAGCUCCCUGUUCUCCCUGGGCUCCGUUGGAGGCUCGGUGGCCAGUCUGCAGGGCUCCACGCGCUCCGUGGGCAGCCGCAGUUCCCGUCGGGCGCCGCCUGUGCCCGCCUGGCGGGGACCCUCCUGCCUGCACACCCUCUACAACUUGCUGCUGGCUCCCUUCGACGACCUCCUGCCCUCGGCCAAUCUCUCGCGACAGGGCAGGCGUGAGCUCAUCCUCGUGCUGGACAGCUCCCUGUAUCUGGUGCCCUUCGCUAUCCUGAGGGCGGCCGGGGAGGACGGGGAAUAUCUGUCGGAACGCUGUGCCAUUCUUACGGCUCCCUCCCUGCAGGCGCUGCGCAGCCGACCCAAGGUGCGGCGGGAUCGGGCUCGUCCUCCCAAGGCUUUGGUGGUGGGAGGUCCUCGUGUACCCGGCAGUCUGGCGGAACGCUGGGGCUGGGCAGGUGCUGAGUCGCCGGCAGCCCUACAAGAGGCCGCCAUGGUGGCGGACAUGCUGCAGGCCACCGCUUUGGCCGGCUCAAAUGCCACCAAGGAGUCCGUCCUGGCAGAGCUUCCCUCCGCCGAAUGCAUACACUUUGCAGCCAAUAUAAGCUGGCAGCUGGGCGCCGUGGUGCUCAGUCCUGGGGACGUGGUCACCGCCGAACAGCAGCAGCAGAAGGAGCCGCACGAGCCCCAACUAUCGGACUUCACUUUGGCCGCCGGAGAACUGCGGCAGCUGCGCCUUAGCGCCCGUCUGGUGGUGCUCAGCUCUUACCACUCCGUGGAGCCCAUCACGGGGGCCGGAGUGGCCCAUUUGGCCGGCGGCUGGCUGAUGGCUGGUGCCGGCGCCGUGCUUAUUUCUCUAUGGCCCGUCCCGGAGACGGCAGCCAAGAUCCUGUUGCGUGCCUUCUACUCGGCUCUGUUGCAGGGAGCACGAGCUGCACGCGCCCUGGCAGAGGCCAUGCAGACGGUGCAGCACACGAAACACUUUGCCCAUCCGGCCAACUGGGCGGGAUUCCUGCUGGUCGGCAGCAAUGUGCGGCUGUCCAAUAAGGUGGCGCUGGGCCAUGCCCUCUGCGAGCUUCUGCGCACGCCAGAGAGGUGUCGGGACGCCUUGCGGGUGUGCCUGCAUCUGGUGGAGAAGAGUCUGCAGCGGAUCCAUCGCGGGCAGAAGAAUGCCAUGUACACGACGCAGCAGAGCAUUGAGAACAAGGCGGGUCCCGUGGCCGGCUGGAAGGAUCUGCUGAUGGCUGUCGGAUUUCGCUUCGAGCCCGCUGCCAAUGGCAUCCCCUCGAGCGUGUUCUUCCCGCAGGCAGAUCCCGAGGAGCGGCUCUCGCAGUGCUCGGCCAGUCUUCAGGCUCUGCUGGCCCUGACGCCGGCUACGCUUCAGGCGCUGGCCAAGCUGGUCCACGUAAACAGUGCCGAGCAUGCGGACGACAUCAUUGCCGUGAUCCGGAACAUUCUGGCCCAGUUUCCCCCGGCCGCCGUCACCAGUACAGCAGCAGCUGUGGGUGCCAUCAAGCAGGAGGAAGCCUGCUGCAUUGAGAUGCCGUUGAGUGUGCGCCUGUGGCGCGUGGCAGGAUGCCAUGAACUGCUCGCCUCCGUGGGCUUUGAUCUGACCGAGGUGGGGGCUGAUCAGGUGAUCCUCCGCACGGGCAAGCAGGCCAAUCGUCGUCACUGCCAAUUCGUCCUUCAGGCACUUCUUGCCUUGUUUGACACUCGAGAGGCACCCAAGAACCUAGGCAUGGGCAUGGACUUGGAAUCGGCGCAGAGCAGCAGCUGCGAGUCGCUGGCCGAGACGGAGAUGGAUGCCAUCACACCUGUCCAGCCCACGGCCAGCAGCACUCCCUCCGUGAGCUCUGGGAAAGCUCCGCUGCCAUUGCAUCCGCGCAGCGCCUUCAUCUCGUAUGUGCGGCGUCGCGGGGAACCAGAUGGCGGACGCACAGAGGUGACUGUAGGAUCAGGAGGUGGAGGAAUUGGAGGUGGCUUGGACUCCAGCCUGGCCAACACUACCGACAGCGAGCAUUCGCUGUCCGAUGGCUAUGCCACACAGCCGGGCCUUGGAUUUGCCAAUCCGCGCCUCGGCUAUGCCAGUAUGCGUGCCCCUGUGAGGGUAUCACGGCCAGGCGGUGGCGGAGAGAGCGAUGCUGCCUUUACCCCCAGUCCUCCUGUCACAGAUCCCAGCCUGACGCUGGCCCUCGCCCACCAGACACGCAUCAGGAGUCUCUAUUCCCAGCCGACAACUGUGGCGAAUUCAGCAUCCGCCGGAAUGGUUGGGAGCAGCGUGAACAACAGACGACCGGAUAGCUCCAGCUCGGCCAGCAGCACCACAGACUGGGAGGGAUCCGGACAUGCGACGGUGCUGCGACGCGGAGCCGGAGUGGCAAUGCCCCAACAGCAGCCACCUUUGCCCCCGCCACGGCCGCCAGCCUAUCACAAUUUGGGUGUGGGCAUCGGAGGACGCAGCAAGCCCAAAAUCAAGCUGGGAAGUGCCCAGAGUUCACUGGCAGCGCGGGUAAACAAGGAGCACGCUCUGUUUAUGGACAGGCUGAGUGUGCGGACGGAGCUGAGUGCUCCGGGAGGCAAUCCCAUAGGAGCUGGAGCAGCGGCCACCAGAAAACCACUGGCCCUGCCCGAGGAGGAAGAGGUCUCCAGUGUGGUAUUCAAUCCAGCUAGCCUGUACUUCUCCCAAACAGACACCGACCUGUUGUUGAGCGAGCCCAAGCCGGAGGAGAGUCCCACUGCGGCCAAGACGAGCUCCAAGUGCCUGCAGGAGAGCAUGAUGCGUCAUAUAAACCGCGAGCUGACACCCAGUAUCUCAGAGCUGUAUCAUGAGCGCAAUCUGGGCCUGGGACUGGCCCCACCGCUCUCCAAGCUGCUGCUCAGCCCCAACUACGAGGAACAGGAGGGUAACGGCAUGGGCGAGGGCUGUCAGCAGUCCUCCGCCGGCCUGAAAACCCUAGUGGACGCGGUCAACGAGCUGGAGUUGAGUGGCAGCUCUUCGGGGGCCACCAUGCCCACUGUGGUGGGUGGAAGCAACGAGGUGGAAGGCACAUCCGGCGCCAUUACCGCCGCGGACCGCGCCACCUGCCCCAUUUGCGGUGAGCAUGCGGAUGUUAUCUGCCGCUGCAAGGCUGCCACCAUUCAAAAGAAGAGCAGUCUCAAGCCCUGGCUGAGCAAUGUCCCCGCCAGCAGUAUGGUCCAGGCCAGCGAGCUAACCACAGCGGACAUUCUGGAGCGACGCCUAGAGAUACACACGAGCAACGCGGGGGCACCCUUUGCGGCAGAACUAUGUCGUCGCGACGAGGGUGACGGUCGCUCUGUAGCAGACUCCCAAUGCAGCAGCAACUACAAGCGAGUGCUGGCCAGCGCCUCGGGUGGGGCCAUGGGACUAGUGGACAUCGGCAAUGGCAGCUCAGCGGAGCCACAAAGCGCUCCUUCGGCGGCCACCUGCUCGGCUGCUCGUCUGGUCUAGAUUUGCUUGAUACUUAGCUAUAUUUAUUAUUAUAUUUACGGAAUGCCUUUUAUGAAUUUUUUGUAUCUUUAUAACCAAGCCACUGAUUAAAAAGUACUCAAUUAUUUAAACCAUUGUGAAAUAAGGUCAUCCCUAA